CACAGUCGGCCAUCUUGGUCAACACCCAGUGUGCAUCCACGGCGGUGCACAGGCAGAGUGACUUAGCGGAGGAGGGUGGCCUCUCCUUGCAUCCUUAAAUCUCUCUCCUGCACAAAAGAGGUCGAGGGGGGAAGGGGGCGGAAGAGGAGGAAGAGCUGCGUCUCAGUCGGACUCAAGGAGGUGGAGAGGAGGGUGCAACCCGUUGAGCUCCUCCGCAGACACCUGCUAAAGGCAUACUCAUCUUUUUUUUUUGUUGUUUCCUUCACGAGGGAAUUUUACCGGAAAGAAAACACCACUGCCUCCCCCCCCCCUCCCAAAAAUCCCUGAACCUGCUGAGUCAUCAGCAUCAUCAUCAUCAUCAUGUCGGAUCUGACGCCUCAGAGCGAGACACCGACUCCCACCACAGACAAGAUCACCCAAGCCGCCAGGGAGACCAUCUAUCUGUGCAACUUCCGCGUGUCCGUCGAUGGCGAGUGGCUGUGCCUGCGCGAGCUCAACGACAUCUCCCUCACCCCGGACCCCGAGCCCGCCCAUGAAGAUCCCAAGGACCCCAUCACAAUCGAGCGCCUCAACCUGAUGAACAUGGCCAAACUGAGCAUCAAGGGUCUGAUCGAGUCGGCGCUCAACCUCGGCCGAACGCUCGACUCGGACUACGCGCCCCUGCAGCAGUUUUUCGUGGUGAUGGAGCACUGCCUGAAACACGGCUUGAAAACCAAGAAGACCUUCCUGGGCCAGAACAAGUCCUUCUGGGGGGCCCUGGAGCUCGUGGAGAAGCUGACACCUGAAGCUGGGGAGAUAACCGCAAGUGUGAAAGACCUGCCUGGCCUCAAAACCCCUUUAGGAAGAGGGCGGGCGUGGUUACGGCUCGCCCUGAUGCAGAAGAAGCUCUCUGACUACAUGAAGACCAUCAUCAACAGGAAGGACCUCCUCAGUGAAUUCUACGAGCCAAACGCACUGAUGAUGGAGGAGGAGGGCGCUGUCAUCGCUGGACUGCUUGUCGGGCUCAACGUCAUCGACGCCAACCUGUGUAUGAAAGGGGAAGACCUGGACUCGCAGGUUGGAGUGAUUGAUUUCUCAAUGUACCUGAAAGAUGGCGGACACAGCAGCAAGAGUGCAGAAGGUGACGGUCAGAUCACAGCCAUCCUGGAUCAGAAGAACUACGUGGAGGAGCUCAACAGACAUUUGAGCGCUUCAGUAAAUAACCUCCAGGCCAAAGUGGACGCGCUGGAAAAGUCCAACACGAAGCUAACAGAAGAGCUAGCGGUGGCCAACAACAGGAUCAUCACGCUACAAGAAGAUGUGGAGAGAGUGAAGGAAGAGAGCUCGUAUCAGCUGGAGUCCAACAGGAAGGCAUUGCGAAGCAACUCCACAUCAGAUGGUCCAGCGCUGGGCGAAACACGCAAGCAGCUCAAAGAGGAAACGCUCCUUCGACUGGAUGUGGAGAAGGAGCUGGAGGUGCAGAUCGGCAUGAAGCAGGAGAUGGAGCUCUCCAUUAAGAUGCUGGAGAAGGACAUCUGCGACAAGCACGACGCUCUGAUGGAGCUCCGACAGCAGCUGGAAGACCUCCGCAUCAUCAACCAGCAGCUCAGCCACAAGUCACAGAGUGCCGAGGCAGGCUCCAAGCAGAAGAGCGACGUCAUCGCUCGGCUGGAGGACAAAAUCAACCAGAUGUCGGGCACGGUCAAACAGAUGGAGAGCAGAUGCAAGCAGGCCGAGCGGGACAAGGAGGCGGCGCUGGAGGCAAACCGCCUCUUCAAGCUGGAGUUUGGAGACAAGAUAGAGAGCCUGCAAGCGGAGGCGGAGCAGCUCCGGAGACACAGUUCCUAUUUGGAGGCGGAGCUGAGGAGAGAGCGAGAGCGCCCCCUGACGCCCAGACAGCCCAGCACACCUCAGGGGGAGAGGAAGCAGCCUGAGAGCAUCCCCAAACCGGGCUCCGUGUCUCCGCCGGGGACAACGGAGGGCCACGCCACACCAGACGACAAGACCAGCCUGAGCUCCAGCUUGUCCUUGUGUCCCUCCGAGGAUGAGGAGGACGAGUCUUUUGUGGAGAUCAGUCAGCCUUCCAUGUGCAGCAUGUGCGAGCUGGACGACUCUCUCCUGAAGACAAAGAGGCAGUGUAAGAACUGCAGCGGCGUGUUCUGCGAGAGCUGCGUGUCCAACGAGUUGCCGCUGCCAUCGUCUAUCUUGCCCGAGGUGGUGUGCAGCGCCUGCUACUCUCUCUUGCUGCAGCAGUACGCCUCCACGCCGUCGUAAAACACGCCGACGGGCCUCCUCCCCCGAACUGGAACCGCAACACUGCACUUUUCUUGACACGACUCCUCCAAAGAUGAUCUUGCGGCCAUAUCACAGUAUUAGAUCUCGCAUUUCACCUAGAUAUAAUAUUGGAAUGAAAGACACACAUCACAGUAAGUAGUAGAUGCAUUCUUCUACCAGGAUGAAAGAUGUUUCAUUAAAAAAAGCAUGACUUUCAACAAUUAUACAUACACUAAUGAUCAAUGAAAAACAUGUAUUGAACUAAGCAAAUGUGGAACUACACGGCUUUCAUUAGAGCGGAUGCUUAAAAUAAAUCACCAACGGCAAAUAAUAAUCCAGAUGCAACAUUUUGGUAGCAGUUUACUUUUCAAAACAAGCCCCCAAAAUCCUUUCAUCUUGGUUACAACUGCUGUGUACUCUUAAUAGCUUUAUUGGAGCAAUGCAUUGCUUCAUAUCACAUGAAAGUGUUUCUGCAAUAAAGCCUCUUUUGUGUCUCAUCUGGAAAUUCCAAAUG